AUGGCACUUCAUGAGCCGAUCACGUUCAUCAUCGAUCAAGGUCAUUUUCAACCAUCCUUGCACCUGAUGAAUGACUCAGAUUUCACACCCGUGCGGCGAAUAGACUCCCAUCUAUCCAUAUGCAAAUUACCUCAACGGUCAAAGCCCAAUAAAUUAUAUAUUUAAGAAUUUUGAGUAGGUUACAUGGCUCCAAAACAAAUGGUCCAUCUCUGUCUUCAACUCUCCCUAGCGUCCCUUUUAAAUUUCCACUCCUCCCCUUAUAAAUUCAUCAAUUCCCAACCCCAUCUCUCUCACCAAUCAUUCAAUUUCUCUAAAUCAACAUCCAUUUUCUUCUUCUUCUAGAUAGACAUGAAGAACAACACCCACUCCACUAGCAAGUUUGUACGUUGCAUGAAAGCGCCGGUUCGAGCCCUUCGUGGGGUCCGUGACUUGUACGUGAAUGGCAUGACUGGUUGCACGGGGAAGAUGCAUUGCGGCUCGACCAACUUACCCAGGAGCUUUAGCAUGAAUUCAUCACAGGCAAGUGUGGAUGAAGACCUUCGAGAGUUGAUCCGGGCUGCCUCUAUGAGAAGCCGUGGGGAGAAGGUAACGGAGACUCCUUUGCAGCCUGCGAUGGGAUUGAAGGGCUUGCCUAAGAGCUACAGUGUGGGGAUGGCGAGGAUUGAUGAGGACGAGCCUUGUGAUUUCCAAGAUGAUUACAGAGCGAAUUCGGAGGCGGUUUUGUAUCCAAGAAGUAGGAGUUAUGCAGUGAAUGGAAGGAGAUGGGAGAUGAGCUCUUAGAAAAACUAUGGAAAUGAAGAAUUCGGAAAUCCAAUGAGUUUGAUGGAUGAAGUGGCUCUCUAAUCCUACGUUAUAGAAGUUGGCUUUAAAGAUUAGGAAGUCGUUUAGGUCGUGUUUGGAUGGUAUAUAUACAUAUUUGAAAAUGUUCAAUUUAAUGUGAUUGUGAUUAUAGACAAUGCAAGAUUCUAUGUUUCUCAGGAGAUGAUGAGUUGGGCUGCAAUGUACUUGAAUUUUUCCCUUGAAAUCAGGUUUAGAGAUUUCUCUCCUGUUUUCUGUUCUAACAAUUCAUAGAAUGUGAAUUGGUUUCCUACGUCAAAACAUGAUAUAAA